CUCCCUCUCCACGCCGCCCUACUCCAAGCGUCGUCGUUGCUCAGCGUCCCGCCUCGAGGAUAUCGAUGCCCCGCCCCCGCGCCGCAACUGCAAGCCGCCCUCGUUGUUGCACCCGCGCCGCCCACACCCGAACGACCUUGACCCGCACACGCAAGGCCGUCGGGGGACCAAGGCUCCGGCCAGCGUCGCCUGCGGAUCGCGUGGAUUCUUACGUGUUCGCCUCGGCGGGGCCUGCCAAGGGCUACGACGACGAGAAAGAUCUGUGCUGGGGUCAGCCGCUCCGCCUCCGCGCUAGCCAUCUUCGCCCCGUCAGCUCGGCCUUUAUGCGGGAUCUCUCUGUGUCCGCCUCCGCGUCAGGGCACACCACGCGCAUCGCCUCAGCGGUGGGCCGCGCUAUUUUCUCAACAUCGUCGCGGCACCAGCAGAGGACAACUACUCUAACGUGGAGGUGCACGUGUGCCUGCUCGCCACUGCUGCUCGAACGAGCUCCAUCUUCCUCCGUCAACCCUGUUGUUGUUUCGCCCCACCACGCCACGCAGGACGCUACUGAAGAUGAGACCCAAUUAGCGGCGUUGAAGCGGCUGUCGAGGACCCGUCCCCAUCUUGAACGUGAUGACGAUUUGACAUUCAUAGCGUUUCAGCAAUGAUUUGACAAAAUUGUUGAACCUGCAAAAAAGGAGACCGCAAAAGGAAAGAAAGAGGAUCAUUACUCGUCAAAUAAAAGCAAGGACAAAAAGGUUUCCAAUUAUUUUUCUGAUGGUACUCUAUUUAAAUAAAUGCUACAAUGCAUCCUAGAAUAUCAAUUGUUACAGUAAUUUCCACACAUAAAAGAUAUCAGGUUGGACAGCGUCA